AUGGCUCCAAUCACCGAAGAGAAGCAGAAUUUUGCCAGCUGGAUGAACUUCGAACCAGAGAUUGAAGUGGCCAAGCCCUCCUAUGAGCGCCGUUACAGUAUUCCCGAGCAAAAAGAAUACGUCGUCUUGGCCAAUGGAAAGAAAAUGCCUCUAGUUGGACUUGGAACUUGGCAAGGAAGAGAUCCAGUGGCUUUCAAAGACGCGCUGAGACUUGCGUUGGACACCGGGUAUCGUUAUAUCGACACUGCCUAUCUCUACUACAAUGAGGAGCUUAUUGGCGAAGUUUUGGAAGAAUAUAUUACCUCAGGGAAGGUCCGAAGAGAGGAUCUAUUUAUCGCGACAAAACUGCCCACUCAAGGCCACAAGCCAGAGGAUGCCGAAUACUUUAUCCAGAGGUCGUUGAAGGCCUUGAGGAUCGACUAUAUUGAUCUGUAUUUGAUGCACAACGCCUGUGGCAUGGCUCACAAGAACUACGAGCGAAUUGAGAUUGCGCCCGGAGUGUAUGAACCUGAUCUCACCCCUCACAUCGAUACCUGGAGGGUGUUUGAACGUUACUAUCGUAUGGGAGUCCUCAAAGCCAUUGGAGUCUCAAACUUCCGAUGUGAUCAACUUCAGAACCUCUAUGACCUGGCCUCAAUCAAACCGCAGAACCUCCAAAUCGAGCUGCACAUCCACCAUCGCCGCCGCAAUCUCAUUGAGUUGUGCCGGAAACUGAAGAUCGUUGUGAGCAGCUAUGCCACUCUUGGAUCACCCGGCCGACUUGAGGGAUUCCGCAAAGCUCCAAUGGGCGAAUGGCCUCAUGCUGAUAAUUUGAAUCAUCCGGUUACGCAAGAUUUGGCCAAGAAGUACAACAAAACGCCCGCCCAGAUCUUGCUGAGGCACAUGGUACAACAGGGCAUCACCGUCAUCCCAAAGAGCACGAAUCCAGAAAGACUGAAGCAGAACUUCAGUCUCUUUGACUUCGAAUUGACAGAAGAGGAUAUGCAGAGAUUCGAUGAGAUCCAGGAGGACGUCCGGUUAUUUGUUUAUCCACAUCUCUGCAAAAGCCCCCAUUUCCCACCCUAUUGA